UAAUGAUUAUAUUGAUGCGACUAGAUUGUUUUAGCCUAACACUUAAAAUUAAUGAUGUGUACAUUCUAUCACUGAGUCAUGUGACUUUACACUACUCCUAGCUGUAGUGUAGUGGGAGGAAAUAUUUGCUGGUGUAAGCAUAAGGGGAAAAAAGAAAUGAUGCUUCUUACAUUUACUGUUCUAACUUUGAUUAGUUCCAUUGCUCCUUGUGAUGUUGGUGUGCCUCAUGAAUCUACAACUCUUAAUAUACCAAGACUUGCUAGUGAAAGUGGUACACAAGUAUAUCUUGGAUUAGAGAACCCUACCUCUUGUGGAGGAUACCUAACAAAUUACACUAUUUGUUACUACAAUGCUAGAAGUGGGAGACCUGUCACAGAAGGAGAGUUAUCAAUAUGGGAAGCAGGUCCUCAACUAUCUGAUGGAUUUAGAGUUUAUGAGAAGAUCUCUGAAUCAGUUCUGGACCUCCCUUUCACAACAGAUAACAAUACAUCUUGUGGUAUUGAUCCUGUAGUGACACCAAUUAGUAAUGCACCAGGUCCUUACCCUGCUAGGGAGAUUGUGUGUAUGUAUUACUGUCUUCCAGAGACUUCAACAGUUCUCGUUAAACCUGGUAGUGUUGUUGGUAUAAUAUAUACUGAUGGAGUCAGUUAUUACAGAGGUCAAAUGCUAACACGUUAUACGCUGCAAACUGUAGGAACUUGUGUUGGAAAUGACUUAAUAUAUUCGCUAGGUGAUCUUGUUGGAGUAUCCUGUCCUUUGGUACCAGCUAAUACUACCACUGCUUUACUAGCUGGAGCUGGUAUUGAGCCAAUUUAUUGUCCUGAAUUAUUUCUACAGUAUGGUAAAAUUAAUAUCUCUGGUCCUUACUCUUAUGGUACUGGCAUUGAAUACACUUGUCAGACUGGUUUCCAACUGGUUGGUGUUUCCAGUCAAACCUGUUUGUCCAGUGGAGACUGGAGUGAUGAAUUACCUUAUUGUAAUGUACUCAACUGCACUGACCCAGGAGUACCUAGUAAUGGAAGACGACGUGGAAAUCGCUUCACAAAUGGUUCCUUAAUUGAAUUCAUUUGUGACACUGGCUUCACUUUAAAUGGCACUUCAUUGAUCAUGUGUUAUUGUGGUAAUUGGUCUGCUCCUGUACCAGUGUGCAUUAGCAAUACAUCUUCACCCUCCUCCUCUUCUUUGCCAUACUUAGUCCCUACUACCUCAAGUACAAUUGCUAAUACUACUGCCUCUUCCUCUCCUACAAUACUUAUUUGUGCAUUGGUGUUCUUGUGUUCUUAUUAUAAAAAUAAGAAGACUGAGAGGCAAGGUUUGGAAGUUAAUAUGAUUCAAACAGACUUAAGUCCAGCGUACAACUUACUUGCUAAUGAUGAUGAUGACAUGCAAUACAAUCAAGCUUAUGCUACAGCACAUUCAUUUGAGCAAGACUAUGAAAAAAUAAAAGACUGUUAA